AUGAAAUUAGAACCUGCACAGGUUUUCCUACUCCCGCUGCCCACACGGCUCCUUAUGGCCCCGGACAAGGCACCAGCUCACAUCCGAGCUGCAGUCACCGCAGAACAGAUGAGGCGGGCGGUGUACGAGCGACGGCAUGCUGCCCGCCCACACCUUCCUCACUCCCUUGAGGAGGUGCAGCGGGUGCUCACCAGCCCGCAGCAUGAGCACCUUGCGAGGACCAAGACGCCUGGGCAAGCGGGCCAGCCUCCUAGGCCCGGCGAGGAGCUCUUGUUCCGCGGCCUGAUCGGCACGGUUGGGUUCCAGAGUCUGCUGUGGGUGUUCUCCAACGUGGUGGCGUGGCUGAACACGACAUUCUUCUUUUUCUCUGAUGGGACUUUUGACAUCGUGCCCUUGGCACCGCCGGGGCUCAGCCAGCUGUUCGUCGUGGUCACUAUGUACAUGGACAAUGUGAUCCCUGUGGCCUAUGCACUCAUGGAAAACAGACUGGAAGCCACAUAUGUCCAUGUGCUUGCUAAGCUGAACGAGUUGGGGCUGAGGGUGACCAACGCUACAACUGAUUUUCAGCUUGGGCAGGCCAAUGCGUGGCGUCGGGUGUUCGGCGCGACCGUGAGUGGGUGCUUGGUGCACCACACCCGCAGCUCGUGGGGCUCCGUGGGUCGGCUCGGCCUCCUGCCCACAGUGCGAGCUAACAACCUGGCGGAGAAGUGCGUGAGGCUCCUCACUACAGUGCCGCGCCUUCCCUUCGAUAGGAUUGGCGAAGGAUUUAAUUGCGUCAAGGCGUGGGCCCGGGAGACCGGGGUGUACGCAGAGAUGUUUGCCUUUUUUGCGUACUUCUACACGCAGUGGCUGGUGCGCGUUGGGCCACGCCUUCUGUCGUGCUGGCAGAGGUACCACACAUCAACCAACGUGGUGGAGAGCCACCACCAGCACCUGAACGUCUUGGCAAAUGCGGCCCGUGUUAACAUUUGGGAGCUCUGUGAGAUCUUUCAGACGAGCCACGCGGAGGCCACCGCUGUGAUCAGUGCAGCGGAUGUGGGCAACAGGAGUGGUCGACUGCGCGAACGAUCUUACAGAGAUCUCGCUCAGAGAGUGAGGGACAUGGAGAGACGCUUAAGUGAGGGCUUGCCCAUCUUCCAGUUCCUCAAUGGGCUCAGCCACUUGAUGGAUAACAUCAGGGAUCCUCUCCUCCAGUUGGCUGAGGAAGAAGAUGCGCGCCUUCCCCCAGACUCUGAUGCGAUGUCUAUCAGCAGCAGUAGCAGCGGUGGCACUGUUUACAGCCAGGAGAUGGACCUGGGCACGGAUCAUUUAAAUGUGGUUACAAGGACAUGA